AUGAUGCGAAACAAGAACGAAGCCACAAGCAACAAUGUUUCUCAGAGAUUCAGGACCUUUUUCAGGGGGGCAUCGCAUCACAAUAGUGCCAGAGCCGACAGCAGCAGCAAAAUCAGCGAAAAGCAGCAAAAACAACAGAACAGCUACGGGAACAGCUACAGGAACAGCCGCAGAAACAGCUACAGGAACAGUAGCAAGAAAAGCAGUAACAGUAGAAAAACCAGCAAAACAACUACAGGAACAGCAGAAACAGCUGCAAGAAAAAAGCACAACAGCUACGGAGGCAGCAGCAAGAACAAAAAGCAGGAACAGGAAACUACAGGAGUAGUAGCAGCAAGAACAGCAGAAACCGCAGAAAUAGCUACAGGAACAGCAGAAACAGCUACUGGAACAGCAGAAACGCUACAGGAACAGCAGCAAGAACAGAAGAAACAGCUACAGGAACAGCAUUAA